AUGGUAGAUCCAGCUGAUCAGCCAUCAGAUACAACAACAACAACCACAACCACAACAACUAGUUCAACAACACCUACAGAUCCAACAACUAGGGCAGGUGACCUCAGCAUGAGUGACCUUGAAAGUAACAACAAUAACAAUUCAAUCCAAUCAACUUCCAUUCUAUUCCCGGAUAUAACUCCUACCAACACGCGUCCAGAUCCACUCCCAUCCGAUCUAUUCCAAUCAACUCUGGCCGCUUCGAAGAUACCGAUCUCCUCUGCCAUCGCCUCUGGUCAACCGGAUAAUAAACAUACACCUAUCAUUUUAAUACUAUACUUCAGAAACACAGUUUUGAUAAUAUUAAUGGAGAGUUGCAGUAAUCAAAUAGAUAAAAUAGUUGUUAAUCUAUCUCAUUUAAUAUUAAAUAAAAUAAUUUGUUAUUUAGAUCAAAACAUUGACAGAAUAUGUUUUAGUUUGGUGUGCAAGAGAUGGUUCAAUGAUAGAGAUAAAUAUUUAAUAUUCAACACUGAUAAUAUCUUUAUUACUCAUAAUCAUAAACAAUUCAAGUUACCUCCAUUCAACAACACUUUUAAUAAAUCGAUUCAAUCAAAGACUGAUUGUUCACUUUAUAUUGGAUUAAAUAACUUUGCUAGAGAACACGAUUUUUAUUAUGAUAAAUAUACAGACUUGAAAAGUAUUCCAUCUUACAUUUCAAUGAUCAGCUUACCAGGUGAAAUUAGCGACCGAGAGUAUUUCUAUCAAUUACUAUUGGAAUCACAAUCAGUAACAACAUUAUUCAAUGAAUCGCUUGUGAAAGGUUCACUUCCACCAUCUUUAGAAGUUGUUAGUUUCCUUAAUUUUUUCAAUCAAGAGAUUCAAGCAGAUGUACUUCCAGAAGGUUUACUUGUAUUAUAUUUGUACAACUCCGAAUAUCAAUUUGAAUUUCAACCAGGAGUGUUCCCAUCAUCUUCAAGUCCAUAA